AAAUCAAAGGCACUCCUUAACUAUAAAGUAAUUUGUGACGAAAAUGAACACGUCAGUUUCGCACUUUCACGAGGUUGGAAUAAUAACGUGUUGAACUACUUAAAACAUUGUUAGAAUCCAGGUUGUGCCAUUAGAUUUUGAGAAAAGUAACAACUAAGGAAUACUUUUUGACGUAUCUCAUGGAAGUCUCAAACCCGGCCUGGUCUGUUUGGCAAGCGUUCCCGGAAGUAUCGCGAUGAUGCGCCUCGGUUUAGAAACUCUGUCAUACUCUGUGAUAGAGAGUGACUUAAGCUAGUUGGCCGACUAGCAUGUUAGUAAAGAAAGUACUAAGCUGCAAAUGUUUCAUAAAGAUAUUGGCCUAUGCAGUCCUGUGACAUUUAACGAAGACUAAGGGCUURUUUUUAAGUGUCGGACAGGAAACGGACGGCUGGUAACGUUACAGUACAGGUGUCCUGCUGCAAUGUCAAGGCGGAGCAGGAACAGCCGGGCGUGGCGUUACGUGUGGAGUGGAAUACGGCGAGAUUCUGAUUCCCGGGCGCUGGUACUGGCCUCAGAAAGUGAGGAGUGGGGCUACGAACGCUUACAGUACAGUGACUCAGACUCUGAGCCAGACUACCGUCCCGUGGUGCCACCGGUCCCCAGUGCCGUGCCUGUUACCGGAGAGUCGUACUGCACCUGCGACUCCCAGGCCGAGCCCAGCUACAACCCACGUCUCCGGGGCUUCCACCGCAUCAAAGACUGCCACUGUGGAGAGGAAGACCAGGACUUCGACUGGGUGUGGGACGAUAGUAACCGCUCCACGGCCACGUUGAUGACCUGCGACAACCGCAAAGUCAACUUCCACACGGAGUACAGCUGCGGCACAGCAGCCAUAAGAGGCUCCAAGGAGCUGGCAGAUGGACAGCACUUCUGGGAGAUCAAGAUGACAUCACCAGUGUACGGGACAGAUAUGAUGGUAGGCAUCGGAACCUGUGACGUGAACCUGGAUAAGUACAGACAUACCUUCUGCAGCCUGUUGGGGAAAGAUGACGACAGCUGGGGUCUCUCCUACACUGGUCUGUUACAUCAUAAAGGAGACAAGGUGACCUUCUCCUCACGUUUCGGCCAGGGCUCAAUCAUCGGAGUGCACCUGGACACAUGGCAUGGAACACUCACCUUCUUUAAGAACCGCAAGUGCAUAGGCGUGGCGGCUACGGAGCUACAGAACAAGCAUUUCUACCCCAUGGCGUGUUCCACAGCAGCCAAGAGCAGCAUGAAGGUGAUCCGCUCCUGCUUCACGCCCACUUCCCUGCAGUACCUGUGCUGUGCUCGCCUCCGCAAGCUCCUCCCUGAGUGCCCAGACACCCUGAGCGUACUGCCGCUGCCCCCUGGCCUGCGCCACCUGCUGCACAAUAAGCUGGGCUGGGUCCUACGCCUCAACAACGGCCUCCUGGGGGCUCCAGGGGGGGAAGGCUUGGGGUCUGACUUGCCCCCUACGCCCCCCUUGGCUGGGGCCUUGUCCUCUGAAAGCGAUGACUCUGAGGGGUGUUCGUCGGACCCUGAGGCAUGUCAGAGGAAGAGAUGUCGUUGGACGUGACGGGAAUCGGAUGUGACCCCCAAUGUAAACACAUGGGGUGUGCCCUAAAUUACACCCUAUUCCCUAUAUAUAGUGCACUACUGGUCAAAGACCCAUAGGACUCUGGUCAAUAGGGUGCCAUUUGGAUGCAGCCAUGAACUGGACUGGUUCCCUGCCCCCUCCCUGAGACAUACUCAAGUUAUAACCCCUUACACACACACACACACACACACACACAUAUACACAUGCACACACAUUACCGUUAAUGGUGAUCCCAGGACCUAGGGACAGUGUUGUGGGAACAUUUAAUCAAGAUCAAACGAAUGUGGCACUAAGACCUAUGGCCAAACUUCAGUGUACAUUAACAGUAUAUGCAACAACAA